AUGACUGAACUCGUCGAAGAGGUUAUAAUAGCGUUGAAGGGAAAUGACCUUGACAAAAAAGUAGACUCUUUAGCAAAACUCGAAGAAGAACUCCUUGAAGAAACGCCCCUGGAGCCCCAAGAAAUAAUCCAGUUGAUACCAUCUUUACGAGAUGCAUUACGAGGAUCCCAAAUCGCAGUUUCUUAUGCGGCGCUUGAAUGCUUAAAUCCCUUCGUGUCUUUGAUAGCAGCUACACACCCAGGUCAGCUAAAAAAUGUAAUAACCGCUUUUUCUCCGGCAGUGAUUGACAAGCUAGGCGAUGCAAAAGACAAAGUGAGGGAUGCCGCUUUACAAAUACUGCUAACAAUGUACAGUUCCGCAUCGACGAUGAACAACGGUGCCAGUAUCACAGCAAUAUUAGGAAAAACGAUCAAGGAAACAGCUUUUGGGCAUAAACAGUGGAGAGUAAGGGAGCAGAUUUUACAGUGGAUAAUAGUAUGCACGCAGCAGAAUACAGAUAUUACACUCAGGCAAUGGGUACCAUACAUAGUAAAACUAUUAGAAGAUCCCUAUGAACAAGUCAGAGAGACUGCAAAGGAUAUGAUAGUGUUACUUUUCAGAGAUGCUCCAGCUCAUGCCAAAUCUGACCUAAAACGGGAACUCAAAGAUCAAUCUAUUCGCCCUGGUAUUGUUGAUUAUAUUCUUUCAAAAGUUGCUGGAAACCAAUCACCAAACGAUAUACAGUAUGAUAGGCAUUUUGAGAACCACCAUACGAAUGGUGGAGCCGAAUUAACUGAGGAUGAUUAUUCUAACGGAGAAACCGAAAAUGAAGAAGUUUCCAAGCCUAGUGAAUUCAUAUCAAGACAGACUAACUCAGCCGAUAGUGACAUUGGAUCUUUGCAAGUUGAUAGUGCUAAGGAACUAGAACGUGAAUUUCAAAAUUUACUCACGCCUUUUCAAGGAAAGGAGUCUGAACAAAAUUGGUCAGUUAGAGAAAGAGGAAUUAAUAGAAUGAGAUCAUUGGUUAGGGGAGAUGCAUUUACGGAUUACCCUGAAGCGUUCAUUAAUGGAUUGAAAAUAUCCAUCGAUGGCAUCUUAAAAUCGCUUUUGAGUUUAAGAACCACACUCUCUUUGGCUAGUGCCGGACUUAUAAGGGACUUGGCAACACAUCUAGGACCGGCCAUAGAUCCUUUUGCUGACAAUAUUCUAGCCGAUCUUAUAAGGAUGGUUUCUUCCACAAAGAAACUGGUGUCACAAGCCGCCGCGAAUACUGCAAAUGAUCUUUUGCAACGCGCUUCUUACCAUCAUCGACUAAUUACACAGUUAUGGCAUGCAAUGGAGGAUAAAAACAUACAAGUAAGAAGCUAUGCAAUUGGUUUUGUGAAAACUGUAAUAAUAUCGCACGGGGAUAGAAGGGAUGUAAUGGAAAGAAGUGGAGGAGCUGAAACUCUUGAAAAGUGCGUAAAAAAAGGUUUGACUGAUGCGAGUCCGAAGGUAAGAGAAACAUGUCGUGAAGUCUUCUGGGCCUUUUAUGAGAUUUUUCCUGAUAGAGGAGAAAGGAUAAUGAAAAAUUUGGAGCCGGCUGUUAAAAAGCAAGUUGAACGUGAUCGACCUAAAAAUUUGGUAAUAUCAACACCAACAACAAAUGUAAGCCCAACCAAACGCCCAACCACUCCAUCCCCUAAACGUCCAACCACCCCGUCUCCCAAACGACCAACCACCCCUUCCCCUAAACGACCAACCACUCCAUCCCCUAAACGACCAACUACUCCAUCUCCUAAACGACCAACCACUCCUGGGCCUAAACGUUCUACAACUCCUGGGCCUAAACGCCCGGUAACUCCAGCGUCACCCUCAGAGGAACGAAACAAAUAUUCAAGUAUGGGGAAUUCGAAGAGAAGAUCCAGUUACGCUGCUACAUCUUCAGAUAGUGGUGCAAGUGACAAUUAUUCGACACAAUCAGAGAAGAUCACUAGAAAGGUUACCAGGGAACAACCUAAAUUAGCGACCAAACCUUCGUUGCGAUCCAAGUCUCCAGCCCCCCCCUCCAUGGCAAGGAGCAAGUCAGAAAAUCCAUCACCUGAAGCAGCCUUACGUCCGAAAUCACCUUUUUCUCCACAAGGAAAGCGUAUUUCGCAAAUUCCACCAGUUCCUCGAAAGUUAACUGUCAUCGAACAACUACAGCAUGUAGAAUGGUCAACUCGUGUGGAAGGUAUAUUGAAUACAGCACAACUUAUUGUAAAAAGAUCUUUGGACUCACCAUACGGAAAACAAGGAACCGUUGAUCAUGGAAAGUUGACUCUUCCACCAGACGACGUGUUGAGUUCAGCGUUAAUUAACAUGUUAUAUGAUCCAGACUCUAAAGUAAUUGAGUCCUUUUUCAAUGAAAAUGUCUUUAAGGAAUUAUCAAAAGUUAUUCAACUUGAACAGAUGAUUCCAAAAGUACUGUUAAUCGCAAGGGACGAGGAAAACCCUGAUAGAGCAGCAAUGAUAAAUCACUAUCUUCCUAGCAUAAAAUCGGCGAUUAGCACCGAUAAAAUACUAGCCGUUCUUAACAAGUGUCUAGUAUCUAUAGGAAACUUUGGAACUAACAUCAAAAAACCAUCAGGAUUUACUACACCUCAAAAACGUAAAAUUUUAAAUGGUAUUCUAACUUGGUUCAACGAGGUAGCCUCAACAAAGAUAAAAGAAGCAGAAGAAGGUCAUAUUAAGGGUUAUUUAGGAGAAGAAGAUAAAUAUAAACUGACUGUUGAACACGUGAUUUCCUUUGUACCAUCAAUUAAAGAAACAUCAGAGAACUACGAGCCACUUAGCGACUUUCUAAUUACUUUACAUAAGCUCAAUGCUGAUAUUUUUGAAUCAGUGUUGUUUACAUUUGAUAGUAAGGUUCUUGAUAUUGUGGGUAAUAUAAUCGGAUGGGAAGAAGAACUAAUGGAGGCUGAGGAAGAAUUUUUAGCAGAGGAGCAAGAAAGGUUACUAGAGGAGAAAAGACGACAGGAUGAGGAACAGCAGGAGGCAGAAAAGAGGGCACAUGAAGAGAUGAUUCAAGGACAUCAAAAACAUGAGGUUGAGAUGCAACAGAAGCGCGAAUUAGAAAAGCGUGAACAGGAAUUUCAAGCCCAGAUGCGAGAAUACGAACUUGAAUUGCAGCAACAGCGUGAACAACGUGAACAACGUGAACGAAUUUUGCAACAACAACGGGAACAGCGGGAACAAUGGGAGCGAGAGCGAGAACAACAAAAACAACGCGAGCAGGAAUUAAUCCAAAAACAAGAACUUGAACUUAUAAAAUUUGAGGAGGAAUCGCAAUUACAACGCAAACAUGAAGCCCAAUUGAAACGAGAUCAAGAACUUCAAUUGAAACGAGAACGCGAAAUUCAGCAGGAACACGAGUCAAAACGAGAAUUUGAAUUUCAUCACCGGCGUGAAUUGGAAUUCGAUGAGCAAUAUGAGCACGAAAUGACUGAAAAAGAAAUACAAAAUUGGGAAUACGAGAGAGGAAUAGAUAAACAAAAUAUGUUAUUACCAAGAAAAUCAAAUCUCCAGAGGAUGGCGUCUCAACCAUCACUUAGACAAAAUCAAUAUCGGAAUUCGAUAAAAAAUAGUAAUGUGAAUGAUUUAGUCGAAAACCAAAGAGUAUCUCAAUUGUCACCAAAUGGUACUCCUCAGGGUUCAAAAGAUGAUGGUGCAUUGUGGGACAAUGAGAAAUAUGAGAAGGUGAUAACGCAGAAUAAAAAUUUACCAAGGGAUUUGGAGUUUGAAGAUAGAAUAAAUAGGCUUCGGCAAAGAGAUACCAUAGAAAACUUUAAUGAAAGAGGAGAUCGUUCAUUAUCUCGAAACAGUAGGGAUUCUGAGUGGUCUCAACGAUAUUCGCCAAGAACUCCUUGGGAAAAUGACUUUGACGAGAGAAAUGAAAGAAGCAGGUAUCGUUCACCCAGGGAUUAUGAGGAAAGUGAAAGGGACUCUUCACGAGAUUCGGGAUACAAAAACAUGAAAUCCCUGAAUAAAGAUGAACAAAUUAAUCAAGAUACACCUAAGUUUAGGGAUAAUAAUUUGACGGAAAAAUCAGAUAAAGAACAUUUGAAUGAAAAUCAUUAUAAUGAUGUUAUUAGUGAGAAGGACAUUAAUCAAGUCAAACAAAUGGAAAGUAAAGUAAAACAAACGCAUGAGGUACCCUUGAAUAACGUGGUCUCUCUACCGACUAUUCCACGUGAGUAUAAACUUUCCGACUUUGAUGAACGAGAUCCGGAGUUGAAAAAUCUUAAGGAGCUCGUGGAAAAAUUAGAUGCUGAAGAAAAUGAUUUGGAUAAGGAAAAUGUACCAGAAAAUUUUGUCGAUGCGACUUUACAUAAGCCGAUGAGCAUAGUAAUUUCAGAGGAUACCUGGAAAUACCUCGGAAGCACUUUAAACGGAAAUAUUAACCCGUUCUUCGUAAACCCCGAAGAUCGAUAUAAGAAUGGAGGAGUUGUUGACUCUACGUUGACACCCAUAAAAGAAGUGGAAAUGCCCGAAGUAUUCCAAAUCUCUGAAAAACCAAAUCUCCAAACGAAUACUUUAUCGAAUGAAUCCUAUAAUAAAAUUUCUUCAAAAUUUGAAGAAAUAUCGGUUAAUCAAAAUGAUCAUGCCGACAUUACCUUACCUUCGCCAUUAGUAUCAGAAAUUAGUAAUGGUGCCUCCAAUAUCUUUCCGCCUGAAACAACAAAUGGAAUAAUGGGCACGCAUAAUCGCGCCAUCAUGUCCAGUGAAAGGAUGCAAACCGGACUGCCAUUGCUAAAAUAUAUUCAAGAGAAACGAUUACUUCUCGUAACUAACUUGGCCCGUCUAAAUAAUCACGAUGUGGAUGAUCUUGUUUUUCGUAAUCUGACUCGAUUGUCUAAGGAAACGCCACUUACUAACAAAGAACUCGCUGACGAUAUCUGGGAACAUGGCGAAAGAUUCGGUGAACUAAUUACGGCACUAAUAGGUUUUUUGAGUGAUCCCUUUCAGAAAAAUGUCGGAUUUAAGGAUAGUGCUUUGAUACUUCUUGGGCAACUGCUUAUCAAUCAGUUUGAUUAUGCGUCUGAUAGACGCCUUGAAAGAGAUAUACUACAUGUUUUACUAGAGUGUCGGGCUGAAAAAUCGAACGGUACUUAUAUCCAUGCAGAGGAAAUUCUUGAAAAUUAUAUUCGAGUCGUCGACAGUAAUGGCGGUUUGUAUGCUCUCAUUGAUAUAAUGGAAUCAAAUCUAUUUGGUGCAACUUCCCAAUCUAGUGCACAAUCUGGAAUGAAACAAGGUGCAUUUUCUGCACUAAGUUGGUUAGUUAAAAGAUUUGAUCAAAAGUCUUUAGAAAGACAAAUAGGAAUAAUUGUUCCAUUGACUCUUAAGGGGAUUAAUGAUCCAAAAGCAGAGAUAAGAAAGUCUGUUGUGGAUUCCCUUGUAGCAAUCUAUUCAGUAAUUGGAGACGAUAAUACUCUAUUCCAAUACCUUGCUGGCCUCAAUCCUUCACAAUUAAACCUACUCAAUUAUUAUUUUGACAGAAGUCGUAAUCAGCAAAGAGAAAGUAUCGCGGCACGAGGAGUGCCAGCAUAG